AUGGCUACUCUAGAUACCCAGCCUCGCUAUAUCUACAAGAUCGUUCCCUCCUCCUCCCCAAUACGGGAGCCCCUCCCUGAGCGGCUUCCCGUUAGUGAGCUGGACCAGAACGAUGGCUUUGUGCACCUGUCAAUGGCACACCAAGUCGCCAAUACGCUGAACAUGUUUUUCAAAGAAGAGCCGCUUGUCUACAUCCUACGCAUCGAGUAUGGUACAGUGAUCUCGGAUAUCCGCUGGGAGUCUCCCGACGGUAAACAUCUUUACAACGGGCUGAAGUUGGGAAAGGACGAGGUGGAAAGCAUCGCUAUCUGGCAGAACGACGGAGGAUGGGACAAAGCAUUGAACGGGGCCAAACCCUGGCUUGUGUACUGA